AUGAGUCAGUGUAAUAUUUGCAAUCAGUCGGUGAACAGGAAUGCUAAAGAUAAAAUAGACUGUUCGCGCUGUAAAAACUUUUUUCACGGCAAAUGUGUGAAUUUGGGUGAUACUGAGUUGGAACAAUUGUCUAGUAGUAAUUGGACCUGUGCUCACUGUGAGGCAAAUUACCGUAUUCAGCGGGCGUGUUCUGAUUCGACGCCAGUGAGAGGGACAGUUCCAGUGGCCAAUAGUGCAGUCGGCUCAUUUGUUACCGUGGAAAACUUGAACUCUUCUAUAGCGGAUCUUAAAACAUUCAUUGAGCAGUCUAAUAUGAAAAUGCAACAGGAUUUAUCAGUUUCUAUUCUUGCUUGCACUACGAAGAUUGAUGAGUGUUAUGAGGCGCUAACUAGACAGGCCGAGCUUAUCAAAGAACAACAAACGGCUAUUGAUAGGCUCUCUGAAGAAAACAAAUGCCUACGUAAAAAACUGGAUAAUGUCGAGCUGGAAAUGGAUGAACUACAGCAGUAUUCCAGGAGGAAUAAUGUGGAAAUCUAUGGAGUCCCAACUACUCAGGGGGAGAAUGUAUCGAAAAUUGUGCUUGAUGUAUGCAAAUCGGUGGGCAUGGACAUAUCUAAGCAUUCGAUUGAUGCAUGCCAUAGGCUGAAGAAGAGAAACAAUCGACCUACUUCCGGAAUUAUUGUCAAGUUUGUUCGUCGCACUGAUGCAGAGGAUCUACUGUUAAGAAGAAAGAAGAAGCGUGAUUUAAACACUAAUCAUAUCGGUUUUACUGGUGAGGCGGCUCCUAUUUUCAUAAACAAAUCACUGACGGCAAAGAGGAGUAAGUUGUUCGCGAAAGUUAAACAAUUCCAACAUGAUGCAGGUUACAAAUAUGUUUGGACGGAUUUUGCGGGGAGAGUGAGGAUUAGAUUCAGGGAGGGGGACAGAGCUAUUGUUAUCAACUCAGAGGACGAUCUGCAGAACUUAUCAGUGAGUGGACUAGGGCGAGAUGAAUAG